CGGCAUCCGCCCGUGAUCCUGGUCGGGAAUCUCUUCGGCUCGACGGUGGUGCUGACGAAAUUCGGGCACUUUUUUGCAAACCGCUAUUAAUUUGCUUUAUUUAUGUAUGGCGUGGAAAGUUGGCCACCUUUUGUUGAGCAGACAGCCCAUCUGGAAACACGAAGUUCGUCAGAGUUCCGAACUCGAAAUAAACGAUCGGAAGCGGCGCGCCCAACGACAUAAGUACGUCGCAAGCCAUCGAGGAGUAAAUCAGGCACGAAUAGAAGAGCAAAUACAGGGCUAG